GGCCUGUUUUGCGAAGGGGGUGCCCGUCACGCCCGGUGGAGUGCAUCCCGAUGCGGUUACACCACGGCUCAAGAUCCGGCCCAGCACGCUGUACUCCCUGCGGCUGACCCACGGGGAUUUCACCUGGACCAUGAAGAAGAAGUUCAAGCACUUCCAGGAGCUGCACCGCGACCUGAUGAGACACAAGAUCUUCAUGAGCUUCCUGCCCCUCUCCAGGUUUGCUGUCCAUGGGUCGCGCGCAGAGGCCACCUCUCUGGAGAUGCCUGCUCUGCCCCAUGGGGGUGAUGGCACUUCCAGACGCCCCUCCAGCAAACAGAAGUACCUCGAGAGCUACCUGAACUCCCUGCUGGCAAUGUCCUUCUACCGCAACUACCAUGCCAUGCCCGGCAGGACGCUGAUACUGAAGUGCAGCAGCUACCGGCAGGCGCGCUGGUGGGGGCAGGAGAUCAUGGACCUCGCUGCGGAGCAGGGGAAGGAUUUCCUGCAGCUGCAUCGCCACCAGGCCUUCGCGCCCGUCCGCGAGGGCACCCCGGCCCGCUGGUUCGUGAACGGCGCUGGGUACUUUGCGGCUGUGGCCGAUGCACUGAUGCAAGCGAAGGAGGAAAUUUAUAUCACUGACUGGUGGCUGAGCCCCGAGAUGCACCUGAAGCGCCCGGCGCAGACGGACGACUGGCGCCUGGACAUCCUCCUAAAGCACAAGGCGGAGGAGGGCGUGAGGGUCUGCGUGCUGCUCUUCAAGGAGGUGGAGCUGGCCCUGGGGAUCAACAGUGACUACAGCAAGCGGGCCCUCAUGCUGCUGCACCCCAACGUCAAGGUGAUGCGCCACCCCGACCACGUCUCCUCCGUCGUGUUCCUGUGGGCUCACCACGAGAAACUGGUGGUGGUGGACCAGAGCGUGGCCUUUCUUGGGGGGCUGGAUCUGGCCUACGGGCGCUGGGACGACCACCACUACCGGCUCACCGACCUGCCCCCCCACACCAAGAGCGGGGCCCUCCUGGGGGAAGAGCCGCCCGUCGACCUGGCUGCCAACCAGCAACUCUGGCUGGGCAAAGACUACAGCAACCUCAUCACCAAGGACUGGGUGCAGCUCGACCGGCCCUUCGAAGAUUUCAUCGACAGGACCCGGAUGCCCCGGAUGCCCUGGCGGGACGUGGGGGUGGCCGUGCACGGCAGAGCUGCCCGCGACGUCGCCCGGCACUUCAUCCAGCGCUGGAAUUUCAACAAGACCGGUGAAGAACAAGUAACCUGGGCCCAGGAUAUCCCUACCUCCUUCCCAAAUUCGCUCAGCGCCGCCCACUCUGCCCAGGUCUCACCCCUCGUCUCCCCCCAGAACCAGUUCUUCAUCAGCUGCGCGGACGGGCGGGCGGUGCUCAACACGGUGGGGGACGCCAUCAUCGGCCGCAUCCUGCGGGCCCACAGAGAGAAGACACGGUUCCGGGUCUUCGUGCUGCUGCCCCUGCUGCCCGGCUUUGAGGGGGUCAUCGCCGAGGGGGGGGGGAACUCUAUCCAGGCCAUCCUGCACUUCACCUACCGGACGCUCUGCCGGGGCGAGUCCUCCAUCCUGUGCCGCCUGAAAGCUGCCAGUGAGUGUCGGGGGGGGCACGGGAGGCCGGCAGAGCUGGGGGGGCUGUCGGUCGGGAGUGAGGGGCACUGGCAGAGGUCUGCCCCGUCCCUUGCCCCCCCAGGCUCUGCCAACAUCAACGACCGCAGCCUGCUGGGCAGGCGGGACAGUGAGCUGGCCGUGCUGGUGGAGGACACGGAGCUGGUCCCGUCGGUCAUGGACGGGCAGCCGUACCAGGCGGGGAAAUUCGCACUCAGCCUGCGCCUCGACUGCUUCAGGUCGCUUCUGGGGGUGUCGGGCGCCUCCAGCCUCGACGCCCAGGAUCCCGUCAGCGACGACUUCUUCCACGGGGUCUGGAAAGCCACCGCCCUGGCCAACGCCAACAUCUACGAUCAGGUGUGCCGCUGCCCCCCAGCAGCUCUAGGGCCCUCCCCGCUCACAACCGGAGGCCCCGCCCCCCAGUUAGGUGAAAAAAGGCGGGGCCACCGCCUUUGCGCCCUGUUCGCGCCACAGCCCGCCCCCCCCGUCUCCCACCCGGCGCAUGCGGAAAUGAAGCACGACCCAGCACGUCGGGAACCUUCCCCUUCGGCCGGCAUGCCGCAGGCCUUCGUCUUUCCAGACGCACCCGCGGUGUCUCGUUUUCCUUGA